AUUAAAAUCAUACAAUUUCCUAUCAAUUCAAUAGAACGUUUACGCACACUAGGGAUUACCAAUAUGGCGGCGCGGUGGCUUCACUUUAAUGACGUCAUGAGCAAUCCAGUUCUAUAUUAUAGAUCAGUGGAAUAAACUCAAUUUUCUAAAGUUUUGAAAGUUAAAGUUAAAAAAGUUUUGAAUUCCAAAAAAGAAUGUUCUCCUCUAUUUUCCUAAGAGUGUUAUGCUUGCUACUAGGUUAACAAGUAAACAACUAUAAUUAUGAUUUCAUAUGUAGAACAUCUUUUGUUUUCUUUCUUUAUCUUUCUUUACAGACACAUAAAGGGUCUCAUCUUGCUUACAUUGACUUUCUCCUUGUGUGUCAUCUUUUACAAUUUUGAACUCUGUGUCAGGUCUGCUAAGCCCCCUGAAACCUUAAAUAAUGCUGUAACUCAAAAAAGGUCCUAUCAUAAGACUGCACCCCCCACUGUGACCAAACACAUUGGACUGCAUUAUCAUGUGGCUCAUCCACUCAAUUACCAUUUCAUCCUGAAUGAACCUGAUAAAUGUAGUCAGUGGAAUCCUUUCCUGGUCUUGAUGGUCCCUGUGGCCCCCCAUGAGGUCAAUGCUCGUAACGCCAUCCGCAGCACAUGGGGGACUGAGAGCUCAGUGCAGGGAAAAGCAGUGCUGACUCUGUUCUUGGUGGGUUUGACUGGAGGAGCUGAAGCUCAACAGAAGAUGGAGGAAGAGAGUCGACAACACAGAGAUUUAGUGCAGAGCAACUUUGUGGACUCCUACUUCAAUCUGACCAUAAAGACCAUGGUGAUCAUGGACUGGCUGGCCACUCGUUGUCCUCAAGCUACUUAUGCUAUGAAGGCUGAUUCUGAUAUAUACAUUAACCUGGAGAACCUGAUGACCCUGCUGUUGUCACCCAACACACCCAGACAGAACUACAUCACAGGGUAUUUGAUGUUGGACCGGCCUGUCGUCAGAGACACAAAAUCUAAAUGGUACGUCUCAGAGAAGCUAUACCCUGAACCAAUAUACCCCACAUAUGCGCAGGGAUCAGGAUAUGUUUUCUCCAAUGACCUGCCAGAAAAAAUAGUGGAAAUUUCCAAGGAAGUAAUGGGAUUUAAUAUAGAAGACGCAUAUGUGGGAGUUUGUCUGAAACGAUUGGGCUUUGCACUCUCAUCUCCCCCAGACCCUUCACAAUUUAGACUCCAUAUGGGACAAUAUAAGCGAGAGGAUUUUCUUAAGAUCAUUUCAGUGAGAGUGGGAUCUCCACAGCAGAUACUGAAUAUUUGGAAGGAUGUAAAGAGACCCAAAUAAAAGAAUGUGACAAGAAUUAAAAAUACAAAAUUUCAGUUAAAAAAACAAAUAAUGUUUUGCUGCAUCAAAACAAUGCCGCGGGACCAGUGAAGCCUGAUACCUUAAAUGGAUUAAGUUUAUGAGCCAAUUCUGUUCAAAAACACACAGCAUUGUUCUUCUAAUUAAAUGGACGGUUACAGUUCAAAAGACUAUUUUCUGGUCCUCAAAUCUGAUUGGCUGAGAUGAAUGUGGUAUUCAAUUGAUACCGGGGCCCUGACCAUUUCACUGUUUGCAUCACUUUGUCUGCAGUAUUUUCCACAGCGAGCAUCACGAUGGAAGCCCAAACCCGCUAUCAUUUUAAAAGUAAUACUGUAAUCAUAUUACAGAAUGUAGCUUUAGGAGUUUUUCAGUGAGAAUGUACUUGUUUAGACUUCAAAUAUGUGGUUUGUUAAUAAUUCUGAAGUCAAGUCAAGUCACCUUUAUUUAUAAAGCGCUUUAUACAAAAUGCAUUGCAUCAAAGCAACUGAACAACAUUUAUUCCUAGAAUUAAAUACAAACAUACCAAAAAGCAGGAACUUCCGCCGAUAGUUCUAGGAAACCUUCCUCCGGUGUGAAUGCACCUAAUUUCAGGUAUAUUUUUAUGGAUCCAAAAACACUAAUGGCUAAUAUUAUAUUACUCAUCCAUUGCACAAAAACUAAGACUUAAUACAUUCAUUACAAAACGAGGGCCUUAUUUUGUUUAGAUUUGUGAAGUAUGGAUCCACAUAGUCUAAUGGCUAUAUUACCCAUCCACUGCGCUUUGGCAAAGGAUUUGGUUCAAAACUACAAACACGUUAAAAAACUACAAACACAGAAACAUAAUAACAUCAUAUUACAGAGUGUAAAUUAUAAUUUUAAUCGAAAUUAUUAAAUGAAUGCCACCAUAUUGGGACCAUAAAGCCCUGCCUUCACGUACCCUAACCCUACUCAAUACUUUAUUUUCAAAUUUUUUAUUAUUUCCUACAUUUUUAUUGAAAAUAGACUCCUU